GUGUGUGUGUGCGUGCGUGCGUGUGCAUGCUUGUGCAUAUGUGUGUGUGGCACAGAGAGGGAACGUGCGUGUACAUGAGCAUGAGGUGUCCCGUCGCCGCCUAUAAGUUAUCAUUAUAUCAGGGUGCACACAUGCACCUGUCACACGGAUAAAACGCCAACUUGAAAUGUUUUGUCGUCCCGUCUCGCCCUCAUCCCUGCCGAUGAAGCUUCACUUUGUCCACAUCCCAACCAGAACAGCCCUACUGUCAUCCCUUGCUGCCAUAGCAACGCCGGUGCCUCCUGGCAAUCGCAUUUGAAAAAAAAACAACAAAAAAAAAAACAGGGAGUCAAGGCUAUCAAGCAAAAGCAUCUCACCAGCGAGGUUUAAGUCCUGUCAGCGCUGCUGGGUGCAAAGCACGAGAUAAUUUACUUACUGACAGCAUUUUGCGUGAACCUUGCAGUUCGGGUCUCGUGUAGCCCGGUAUGGUGAUGCUGUGCGCGCGCACGUGGAUGCAGCGGCAUGUUGGUGGGUCUGUGUCAGGUUGCUCUGGUGUUACCAGCUGAGAAGCUGCAGAAGCUUCUUCUUCUUUUUUUUUUUUAAAUCCAAACUUAAGAUGAUCACGUUCAGCGUUUUUCAUGCCGAGAAGCUCAGCAGGUUUCAUUGUCAGCGAUUCAUCAAAGGACACACGCACUCACUGUCCCAUCUAAACCAAGAAGCACGCGCUGUGUCCGUGCGUCGACCUGGCUGAUUUUUCUUUCUUCGGGAGGGCAAAGAUAGGCUUCUAAAGUACUGAAAGAGGGGGCAUUGUAACGAAAUGGCACGGCGUGGCAAACAGCCCGAGUGUUUAGUCCCCACUUUUCAUUGUCCUGGGCAGGAUGCGGAUCGGCUAACAGGCAUUCGUUGCUCUGGCAACACCUGUGCAGCCCAGGACAGCCCGCCUCUGCCGCAUUUUAUUCUGUAGUCUACGAUCCGACGUUAAGCUCUGUAAGCUCGUCUAAGAUUAUCUUCAAGAGAAACUCACUGCAGGUAAUUUCCACAUUUUAGCGGAGAGUAUAAGCGGUGCGUAAUUGGUGACCACGUGAGGGGCUGUGGCGGAAACAAAAGGGUCUGCUCUGGGCUGAUAGCGACAUACGCCCACAGUUAGUACUCAGACUUCACUUCUCCGUUCUCCUGGAUGAUGUGUGGCGAUGUUUCGCUUGUAAAAUGGAAGUCAGGUCAGUGAAGCUGCAGGUGCUUCAAGGGUUAAGUUUUAUUAGGCCUAUUUGUCGGACUGGCCAGAUAAACAUGUGCAUGAUGAACUGUCAGCCAGUGCCCCAGCAGCUUUUCCUGCACGCGGAAAACAAACACGCUGGCUGUGCUCACGCGCGCGCGCCCAUGUCUAUGUAUGGUGCUUGGGCCUGCUGUGCCAGCACGGAGACAACCACCAUUUUAAAUAAGCGCCUUCAGGAAUAAUCUCCCCCACCCGGCCUGCUGGGACAGAGUCUCUCCGGACCUCAAAGAGCAGAAACACAUUUCCUGCGAACAAACCGGAGAAGAUUCUGGCUCCAGUCAGAGACAGAGUCCUUUGACUUUUAGCUGAAUAGCACUGAUCCCUCUACAGGUGUUUUACCUGUGUGAAUGGACGAUUUAGACUACAAAACUCCUCUAAUCUCGGCUCAAUAUUGUGUUUCCCCCCUGAGCAGGAGGGCAGGUGUGAUCUGACUCCGCAGGUGCAGAUGGUGCCUGAAAUGUGAUGUUGAUGAGCUUUUGUCUGUUUUUUUUUUGGCCAUUUCUAGUUGAUACCAAUUUAAUAUAUUGAUCAAUAUAACCUGAUCAGCUUUAAAAAAAAAAUCCAUGUGAAAAGCAGAUGAGCUGAAAUAAAAUCUGAACAAGGCCUUAAAAGUGUGGUUCUUUUUAAAAACAGGGUACCUUAAUGUUUACUGGAGAGGAGUGUGCACACUUUUGUAGCUAAUAUCAGAAGGCAGGGGGAAACCUCCCCCUGACUCAGCUGCACUUGGGAAAUUUAAACAACAAACAAAACAUCAGCCAACAAAAGCUGCUUCUGAUGAUGAGUCAGAAGCCACAAAUCAACCAAUUCAUGUGCAUGUGACUGCUAUAGAAAGCCCGAUUUUUGAUUCAGCUGGUCUUCGUGGGCUUUAUAAAUAGGCUGUCCGGUGCCACUGGAAAAGGAACACGCACACACAUGUACAAACACGCACACACAAUGGUCAGUGCCUGCUCGCAGGGCUGCAGGGCCGGGGACGUAUCUCUGGAGCGCGAGCACUGGAAGCCCCUCUGCAGCUGCUCCCAGGGUGUGCCAAGUUUCUGUGUGGGAGCAGGCAUGGGGCUAAAUGACGGGAGGCUGGGUGGGGGUAGGGAUGGUUGGUGGCUGAUGUGCAGACAGAGAAGGUCUCUUCUGUGUGUCAGCGAAGCAUACAAGGCGGCUUCAGUGUGUGGCAGGACAGAAAGACAGGGCACAGUAGCACAGACUCAGCGCUGAUGCCUCUUUUCAAGCCGGGACACAGAAUUAUUUUCUGUCCUCCUGCUCCUGUUGUCUCGCCCUCUUUCUGCACAUCUCAGAGCCCUGCAACUGCUCGGAGAAUCCAGCAGCCCUCAGUGUGGAGAUGCAACCUCGUUUAGCUCUCAUUAUGUCCUGAUUAGAGGACGCUACAGAGGAGGAGGGGGAUAGGACCAGAAACAGACACAGAGAUGCACCACAGAAUUUUACACAAAAUGAGCACAAGCCUCUUCCUGAGUGAAGAAACGGGGCUUAAUCGCCCUGUGCAUUUCCUUUCAGCUGACAUGAGCAUUGUACUGAAGAAAAUUUUUGAAAAACUGCGAGCUGUUGCUUUUUGUUGCCAUGCCUACUGAAAGCUGUAAAUAUCUCUGUUCAUGUCUCACGGCUUUGGUGGACAUGCUCUCACACAGAGACACACAGAAGUACUUCACAUGAAAGGGGCUCGAACUGUGCGCACAGGACAUGCUGGCACAGACUGUGAACCAGACAAAAUAAGUGUUCAUUUAAGCCCAUUUAACCGUUUAAUAGACAAAAGAGAAACAAACGAUGUAAAAACUAAGAGCCUAUCAGCAGAAAUCAGCAUCUAAACAAGCAGAAAACAGUGAAACGUCAUCAUAGUCAGGAUUGUUCUUUCUUUCUUUUUUUUGGUCCAAAGCAGUUGACUUCUGAUCAAUAAAGCUACAGAUUAUUGUCUGUCAAUCAGCCUUUUCACCUUUUCUUUUAAAGAAUUGAAUACUUAUCUUUGUCUUUCUGCUUUGGGCUUCUUAAAUGUGAGAAUUUCUUGCUUUUGUUCUUAUUCCACUCAUGUCGAGCUUUGCGCUGAUAAAAGAAAGAAUUUAAAGGGACACAACCUCGAGCCCCUUUCAAGAUCUUCUGACAUUUUAUUGACAAAAUCCCACAUCAAUCAAUAGCUGACAAUGACAAUAAACAUUAGUUACAGCCACAAAGUGACAGCACAUGAUCAAAGGAAGACAUGAUUACCACAGAAAGAGGUUUUCAGACUGAAGAACUGAAUGAAGCUUUAUUUCCUAAAAUAAGGGUUUGUCUCGGGACGUCCCCACAUUGUUAGUCCUUAUCCAUGUCUCGGAAAAUGGGCACUAAAUGUUUGCUCCUCGCCCACGUCAGAUGGGAUGAGGAACAUCAUCAUUAUUAUCUGAUUAAUUAGUCCGCGUUUCCCCUGAGAGCCCGUCUUUUGUGGAUGGGCCACAGAGUCAAAAGAAUACUGGCCCUAUUAUUCAGCAGCAUUUGCAUUAAUGCUAUUUUUUGCAUAGAGAGUCUCCAGCGCUUUUGUCCAGCCUUUUUUGUUUCAUCCUUCUCUGGCAGCGCCUAUUAGGAGCAACACAUGGGCUCACGCUCGUGGGUUCAAAUGGCAAAAGGCUCAGCAGCCCAAACAAGAAUCAACGCAGUUGUUCACAUCUCGUUCUUCAUCAGAGCUGCAGAGAAAUCACCCAAGCACCUCUAAUAAUGAUUGACCUGUUCCUUUUAUUUAUUUAUUUAUUUUAAAGGUUUUGAAGUGGCUGUUUACCCCCAAAUCAAAUAUCAUUAUUUGUCCUCUGGCCUGUUUUGUUAUUUAUCCAUCUAGAAUGUUUUAGAGUCAUCUACCCAGUAUUGGAGAUAUCGAACAGUAUAGAUGUCUGCCUUGUCUUGAAUAUUAUGAAAGGAAAUGGCUCUGGUGACUAAGAAAAAUCAAAAAAACAAUAAAAAAAAUCAACAAACCUUUGUGAGGUGGGCAGUUUCAUUUUGGGACUACUUUCUUUGUACUAAACUAUCCCCACCAAUCGUAUCACUGCGCACUGAUAACAGGCUCCUGCUUGUGACAGGAAGUGCAACAUGUUCUCAUCCCUGGGUGUAAUAUAAUGCAUUUUUGUCACAUGUCACCCUGGGUCUUAUUAUUAAAAACAAGGUGUCCACGGAAAUAUUGGCAGAAGAGACACACAAAGUCUGCAAUAGGAGGGUGGGAGCAGUCUCAUAAGUCAUUAGGAGACUGGGCUUCUUGUCUUAUCGGGUCCUUUCUGUUUUGCACUUCUUCCUUUUUUUACUUGGUGAUUGUUGUUCUGUUUUUCACAGCCUUUAACUUUCACUUUGACUCACAGGUUAUGUUUAGAGACUGGAAACUACUUGGUUACAUUGAGCAAAAGAUCCAAGUUUGGGGUAAAAUGCAUCUCUGCAUGUUGAAAAAUGACUAAAUCGGAACACAAACGUCCAAGGACACCCUGUGUAUUGAAUGCCCAUUAGCUGGCUGCAAACAUCCUAUUGUUUGUGGGUGCAGUUAGAAAGAAAAUAGUUCCUAUAUGAAACUGCUGGCUCAAACUAAGAGACAGGGAAGAAGUCCGAACAGGAGAUUUUUGUAAAUAAAAAAUGAUUUAUUGCGAAUAAACUAACAAAACACAAAGACCAAAGAUGGUUGGUAGAAGGUAGAAGCAGGAGAGAGAUCCUGGGACAGAUUUUAUCACUCCAGGAAGGCCUAGGCAUUAGCUGCAAUAGCUGACGACCCUCCAAGCAUUUCAUGUCACUGUUCUUUCCCGUUGGAGCGCCAAACGAGACGUCACAACUGCUGGCAUGGUGCACUUUAGUGACAUUUUGAUUGUUGUGCACCAGGCUGGAGGCAUUUCUAUGAUAUAUCAAUCAGAUGACGGAGAGGGAAAUUGCUUGAACGUUUAGAAAAGAUAACAAGGAAAAAAAGGAAGAUUAUAGUUAUGGUGUCAUAAUGUGAACCAGAAAUGACGAAUGCAUCAGCUGUAAACCCGCUUAAGUCAACUGUUGUACAAGAUAGUCCAAGGGCUUUCACACUGGGUCAUAAUUUCUGGGAAGAGACGUUGCUGCUGAGUGUUUCGAUUCCCAUUUAGUACCGUUAUAGCCAAGGAAACGCAGAUCGUCUGCAUGUAUAAAAUAACACAACAGGAGCUGAGGUGAUUCUUCUUUUAGCAGCUGAGCAUUUGAACUUCCGAGCCCAUGCUUUGCUCCUAAGAGGGGCUGAACAAAAAAAACUGCCCUCAAAGCUGGAGAUGUGUCUCAUUGGGGUCUUCUUUGUUAAACAGGAGUCAAUUAAAGAUCCAUAAAGAGUAUAUUUAUGGCAGCAUUUGUUCAUGUGGUCAUCUCAGACUUUGCUGCGUUACUGUGACUUACUGUAAACGGGUGACGAAAUCCAUACUGUGCGCGAGCGUGUGUGCUCGUACAAAGAGGGGGUCGCUGAUCGCAUGCUCUGUGUUUCCUCCCUUCAGCACCCUCUCUGUUGCCAUGGAGAGACCGUUCUUUGCUUUCCCAUAGGAGGAGAAAUUAACACCAUUUUUAACUGGCCCAGGGGCCUCCCCCCUGUGUGGGAGAUAGUCUGAGUUGUGCUCCGCGCACACACACAGCCUUAAAGACGGCAAUAAUCUCCCUACCACACCGUUGCUGUCAUUUUUAAUACCUUUGCAAGGCCAACGUUUAACGAACUGGGACAGCAUGAUAAUAGCCUGAAAACGGUGAAAUGGACUCUGGGAUGUGAUGAUGUAUGUGCGAGUCAUUUACAUACCAUUUUAAGUCAGUGACUGAAACGUCAACAGUGCCAGUCUGCUGUGGGCCAGAGGGACCGUCUGUGUCUCCGACUCGGUGGGAUAUUGGGGAUGUCACACACUCUAUCAAAUAAUGUUCAUCAUGGGAGCAGCCGAGAGGGACGAGCACACACCGAGACACACACACACCCACACACACACACACGGAGACGUCGGACAGAGGGGUUGAGCUCGGUGCACCUAAUGUGGAUUUAAUGACGGGCCUUUAUGAAAUGAAGCAGACAGGAGAGGAUGAUAGUGAAAAGAAAAGAAAUAGAAGGGGAGGGGGGACGUUUUAUAUUAUAAAAAUGGGGACAGUGUUGAGGUAAGAGUUUCUUUUAUCCCAGUUUUUUUCCAUGACAAACCUUUGUCUUGCGGUGUUGUCCCCAUGACACACAUACAGGCGCAGGAGGAACAAGGAUUGGCCCAUUUAUGUACCCAUUAGCCAGCUGAUAGAUUUACAGAGGGGAGAUGGGACUUUAAAAGAUGACCUGUUGUCACAUCUGCCUUGAGAUCAUCUGAGUCAUGAAUACUGUUGACACAGCCAUCUCCCUGUGUUCUGGGUGUACACACACAUGUAAACAGACACACACAUAAAAGCACCUGAGCACAUAUCCCUGCACCAUCAAUUUACGCUACUAAUUGUGCAACAAUCCUGCAAAAUAGAAGUUGCAUUUCACUUUAAAUGGGACCUAUUAUGCAGUUCCCUUUUUUGCCUGUCGCUAAAGUGGAUUUCUUUUUUAAAUAAUGAGUUUUAAAUAAGGAGGUCAGUGUAUGUGCAACCAUCCCGUGAGCCUAAAAGCUUAUAACACUCAGGUUUAACACAUCUGCUGUUUACACUGUAAUAUUCUGCUUGAGAGGGGCAGCCAAUUAGAAGAAAGAUGACUUAAAAGGAGUGGAGAGGCAAAAGCUGCAAUUCUUCUGGUGGCCACUUGAGGCUUAAUUCCAACAGUGAGUCAAUAUGCAUAGACUUCAAUGUUAAAACCAUGUUUACAGCCUGGUGAAAAAUAUUUUGGACUUUGUGGAUAGUUAUCCCUAUUUUUAAGAAAAAAGUCAGGCAGUUGGAGAGUCAUAAGCCUUAAAAAUAGGGGCUGUUUGGCUCUUUUAACAGGUUUUAGCUAAGUUUACUCACCAAAUAGGACCUCUGAACUUUUUUUUUGUGCCUUUGGCGCCUUUUGAACCAUUUUAAUCAAAUUAUAAAUCUAAUAGUAUGACUUAGUGUGCACUGUAUACAAUCCUCAAAAUCUCUUUUUGUAUUUUAUUAGUCUGUUGAAUUAGCACCCCACCAUUUUAUCCAAGCAAGGUCACUUUUAGCUCAGAAAAACAACAUGGUGGUUGCCAAAGUGAUAACAUGAGAGAAGAGAAAACAGUGGAGAUCAUCACAGCAGCUACAUCUGUCUUUUAUCUACAGUCUAUUGUCUCAGGCAGUGGUUAAACCCAGCGACACCAGGACCCGGACUGAGAAUAAAGCUUAUUUUAAACUGUGAAUCAUGCAAAGCUGCACAGAACUGGAAACCUGCAGGUUCACUUUAAUUAGAUUUCUGAUUUUCAGAUUUCGGCCUGUCCCACUCGUGUUUAUCUGGUCGGCCAUGGAGCUAAUUUCUUGUGUGAUACAUCUCUUCUAUCUUUGGCGGCCUGUCUUUGUGACCCAGCUGCUUCCCCUGAACCUCCCCCCACCUCCUCCUCUCUUCCUCCUCCUCCUGACCUGCCUGUGUGCAGGACUGCUCCUCUCUCCCCUCGGCGACUCUAGGCUACAGUUGGUGUGUGCGCGUGUGUGUGUGCGCGUGUGUAUGUGUGCGCGCGACUGCCAGCGGGGGUGGGGGCAGUCGACUCAACCCCUCCAGUCUCCUAGCAACAGAGCGGUUUGGUGCGGGACAGGGGGAGGCGCAGGGGAUGGGGGCUGGUUGUACAGUGACUGGGGAGAGCAAAGUCCUAUGGGAUUACAAAGAUGGAGGGAAGGAGGAAAGGCGAAGAAGGAGGGUCAGAGAAAACGCUCCCAGCAGAAUAUCCGUGUUCUGAUGGAAAUUCAACCCAGGAGAACUCCUCCCUGAAGCGCGUAGCCGUGGUUGAAGACUUCUUUGACAUAAUCUACGCCAUGCAUGUGGAGAUGGGCGCCGAUCCCGGCAGAGCACCCAAACAUGCAGGCCAAAAGAAGACCUACAAAGCGAUUGCAGAGACUUACGCCUUCCUGCCCAGAGAGGCGGUGACUCGGUUCCUAAUGAGCUGUGGAGAGUGUCAGAAGAGGAUGCACAUUAACCCCAGCACUGCUGAGUUCAAAGAGAACGACAGACCGACCUCGCUGGUCCCGGACCUCAUCGAUUACAACAUGCCUCUAACUGCCACCUACCUGAAACAAAUGAAACUGCAGUGCAUGACUGCCACUGAAAGGGAUGACAGUUCGGUGAGCAGCGAGGACAUGAACAACGCUGAGCCCACAUGGGUCGCAGCUGAGCAGCCCCCAGUGCCUGAGUCGAGCCCACCGAAUGGAGAGAGGGUCAGCAACCCGGCAGCCACCAUUAAAGAAGAAGAUGAUGACGACUCCUCAGAGAGCGGCAGCGCCAACGGGCUGCCGGCUCUGACCUCCCCGGAGGUGCUAGCCGUGGGUGGGAACGUCCCAGAUGGUGGGGCAUCGUACAGGGAGGUAGCAGAGAACGGGGUGAGCGCUCCCCUGGACUUCAGCACCACUUCAUCUUCAUCCUCCUCGGAGGAUCAGCAGCCGGUGAAUCUGAGCGACAGACUGCUGCCAGCGGGGAGCUCGCCACCAAACUCCUACCCUGCAGACCCCAACAGGAAGUACCCCAUAAAAACCGAGUACACCAACAAGUCCCCUCCGUACAGCUCAGGAAGCUAUGACUCUGUGAAAACUGAGCUGAGCAUGAGCGCAGAGGACCUGACCUCUGCUCGAGCACAGAUAAUUGACGACGAUGACGACGAUCAUGAUGACCAUGAUGACAGCGACAAGAUUAAUGACGCUGAGGGGCUGGACCCUGAGAGACUUAAAGCCUUCAAUAUGUUUGUGCGUCUGUUCGUGGAUGAGAAUCUGGACCGCAUGGUGCCCAUCUCCAAACAGCCCAAGGAGAAGAUCCAGGCCAUUAUUGAGUCCUGUAGCCGCCAGUUCCCAGAAUUCCAGGAGCGCUCCCGCAAGCGCAUCCGCACCUACCUCAAAUCCUGUCGCCGCAUGAAAAAAGGCGGUUUUGAGAUACGACCAACACCUCCCCACCUCACCUCUGCCAUGGCCGAGAACAUCCUCGCUGCCGCCUGCGAGAGCGAAACCCGAAAUGCUGCCAAGAGGAUGCGGCUCGAUGUCUACCAAGCGACGGAUGAGCCAGCUUCUAUUGACAAACCCAUCUUGAGGGACCCAGCCCCCGUGGCUCCUUCGGGAUUUUCCAUUUCCAGUGCAGCUUUUGCCCAAGACCAGCUCUACACCAACGGAGGCCUCAACUAUAACCUGCGGGGAUAUGGGACGGUCGGCAGCACCCAGCAAAACUCUGAUGUUGCGCAAACCAACGGUCCCACAGAUCUGAGUAUGAAAUCUGUCGGCCCAAACUCCUCCUCCUCCAGCUCCAACAGUCACGGUCAGGGAGGUGGCGGAGGCGGCGCUUCCGCUCAGCUCAGCCCUCCAGAGGUGACAGCGGUGAGGCAGCUCAUCGCGGGGUACCGGGAGUCCGCGGCCUUCCUGCUCCGCUCAGCAGACGAGCUGGAAAACCUGAUCCUGCAGCAGAACUGAGUCCGAGCCACACCGUGCCAGCUCCCUGCCCCCUCCUCGGUCUGUCCGUCUCGGGGCAGACUCUCACAUACAAAGACACAGUUGUACACGAGUGAUACUGCAGCGCACAGUGGGCCCUGUAGGUAUGAUACUUAUCCCCACAUGUUUAUGUCUUUGGGCGGGCCAGAACAUAUCACAGGCUGAAAGAUGUUUAUUUAUGCAUUUGGUUCACUUUGACCUUAUAGUGCCCUGUUAUCUGUAGCCAUUCAUCCCAUUCAAUUCAUCUUAGCACCUCAACCUCCAUUUGUCUCAGGAAGCGAUGAUCUAUGUGAAAAAAAAAGUAAAAUAGGAAAAAUUGGUGCACAGACUGAGGUGUUGAAUCAGCUUAACCACCGUAACGCCAAGUCAGCUCAUUUGUGCAGACGUUUGGACAAAUGAAUAGUUUCCUAGCAGUGAAUUAGCAUCAUUAUUUCUUUCUAUUUGUGUGUAAAAUAUGCUGUACAGUGGCGUGAUUUGAUUGGGUCAUGUGAAUCGAGUCGUUUCUAAAUGAUAACCGGAUAACUGAAAGUCCACAGAUGAAUUGCUGCUAAAAGAUGUGGCGACCUGCCACUUGACCUGUUAACCUCAACAGCUACUGUCGGAUAUGCUGACUUUCAUAUAUAUAUAAAUAUAUAUAUAUAUAUACUCCAAAAAAAUAAUAAGAUUAAAAAAUGUUACAAAGUAGAGCACGAAAAUAUCAGCAGUGACAGUGUUUGACAGUUUUCACCUGUAAAGUUUGACCAAAACAAGCAGAUCCAUCAACGCGUGGUCAAUAUUAUACCUCUGCUCUGCUCGGUCGGAGUGAUUUCCAGACUACGAGACAAAGAGUCAUUACCCAGCGCACCUUUUCGUUUUCACUUAUCCUACUAUGAAUAUUUCUAUCACGGGCAGUUUCUCAUUACUCAAAGGGAAGGAGGCUUUUUUGGAGGCCUGGGUAUGCAAAUUGAGGUCACAGACUCCUGUCAGGGAGAGAAAGGAGAUGAAUUUAUUGUUUAGACUCUUGGUUUUAUAACCAGAAAAGUGGAAAAAGGUGCAAUAUUGAAGAUAAUCGGUAAUGGUUGCUGAAAUGACUUGAUGAGGCAUUUUAAGAGGGUUAACUACCCUCCCCUCUUGCUGUUACUGUCAAGUUGUAAAAAGUAAUGAUAUCCCAUGCAGCAUUGUAGCCAAUUUCAAUGUUGUUGUUUGUUGUGAUUACUGAUCUUUAUCGCUAACCUCAUAACUGAGGCACUUUCGUGUACUUGGAUCAGUCAGUGACAAAAAAGGAAAAAAGGGACCUGGCAGAAAAAAACGGGACUUUAUGUUGCACGUCUUUUUCAGGGGAGGGCGGGUUGUUUCGUGGAGGAAGUGUUUAGUGACUAUUCUUACGUUUAGAAAAGGUACAUAGAGCUCACAUGCAUCCAUUAGAGACUGCGGCGGAGGCCGUGUGAGCGCGCGAGCGGGCGGGAUGUUCAGACAAAAAGAAACUCCUUCGUCUGGGCGCGCGUCCGUCUGAAUCGUCCCCUCUGACCCUGCAUCACAGUCUCAUUAAAAACACGUCUGAAAACACACAGUUUGAAAAGAAGCAAGAGACAAUCUUUGAAAAAGAUGUAAUCACAUCACAGUUUACUCUCCCAGCUCUCUGCUAUGGUGUGUGUGUGUGUUUAUGUUUGUGCAUGUGUGUGGACUGAGGACACAAACGAGUACUCAAAGCCGAUCAAGAGCACAGCCUCACAACUUUUAAUGGUGAGUCACUCAGCACAAAGACAGUUCUGUAUGUGUGUGUGUUUAUGUGUGUGUUCUUUUAAUCCUUUCUGUCGAUGUUGACAGUGUGUUGAUUUCCUGUUUGUGUAUAAGUGGAGUGACGCAGUUUGUAAACAGCAUCAAUCUGUGACGAUUUAAUUCAGUAGGCUGAAACAUUCCAGACAAAGACUCUUCGAGCAGCCAAAAGCAGCUCGCACCUUACUGAUUUGUCAAAGUUUAGAGAGCUAUAUUUCUGUAUGUAUCACAAAUCCUAUCACAUGUAUCAUUAAUCAGUCUCUUCAGGGUCAUUCACCUCUUUCUCACCACCUGCAGGCCUGGCUAGUGAGUCGGGACCUGUGUUUUAUUACCAUGUCAUGAUUGGGCUACAUUCACAUUUACAUUCACAUUUAAAUUCUAUUAUCUAUUGCAAGUUUGGAAGCACUUUAUAGCUCAGGAUUAAGGUAACACAAGGAUUUGAGUGUGUUUUUACCUCAUUUGAAUAAUUAGCUUCAGUUCUGACAAAUGAUCAUAACAAAGGAUAAUCUGACAUAAGUCACAAUCAGAGGUAGUUUUCAUCAAGAAACAAAAAAACAAAAAACAAAACAGCAGACAGCUCCUUUAUCGGAGUUUAAACUCAUCAGUGUGUUCGGUCCAUCUGAGCGGUGUUUCAUAAUAGAGGACAGAAGCAAUGCUUGUUAUGAAAGGCCUGAAUAAGCCUUGUUGGAGACCAUCCCUAAAGCUGAUAAUGACCAAUCAGAUUUCUUUCACUUAUUCAGUUAAGGUCCCCAAGGGGCUGGAGCCUGUUUGAAGUGUCAUACAGUGCUAACCACUGUGCUGCACCUAGUAAUCUUAGCUUUGGUAAAGUCUGACUUCAAACUUUAGUUUGAUUAGUUCAUAGAUAAGAAAAAAGAAAAGCAGCUGUAACGUUCGUGGCUGAAUAACCGUGAAAGAUACAAUAAAGAGAUUUAAAAGAAAAAGUUCAGCAAAGUUAAAAAAAAAAAAAGGUUAGCAGUGGCCUCUGGGGCUGAACAAUGAAGUCGCAGUUCAAGAGCUGUUCUGUCUUAUGGCCUAGGUAUAGCAAACACUUUAAAAAAUGACUGAAAAAACAUCAAAGCUAAUCGCACUCAGCGGCCUGAAAUUAGCAGAGAAAUGUAAGAGUUAGUCUGAAAUCUUUUCAGCUUUUAUAUACUUUAGUUAUGAUUUCCUUGACAUGUAACCAAGGAGCCAAAUUGCUUUCAGACUUAAUUAGUUAGACCUACAGCUGGCCAUAGCAAUGAAAUUUGUUAUACAGCACUGAAACUGGGCUACAGCUUACAGGUGUGCCAGUCAUCCUAAUAAACCCGCUUUUUACGGAGUAGAUGGUCAUGAUUGGCUAGAAUGGGCAGAACUGGAAACAUUUUAACCAAGUGCCAAAACCUGCAGUUCCUCUAGUGACCACUUGAAGCUGUAAAGCUCAAGGUUAGGGGAUGUAAUCAGAGUCUGCUAGGCCUCACCCUGGCUAAUUUGUGUUAUCGCCAUGAUUUUGCUGUUCGUGCCUUUUGUAGAAUUUUUUUAUGGGAAAAUCUGAGACAUUUUAUUUUUUGCUGUGCAGUGCAAAUAUCCAGAAAGUUUGUGAUUGGCACGUUAAAGUCUAGUGUUUUAUUAACUAGAUGAAAAGUGUCUAUGCUUGGACUUAUUUGGAUGCAGUUUUUGUCCCAGGCUUGCUGAUAUCUCAGCAAUCUGCCUUCUUAUCCACAUACGAUCACUUCUGGCUCCAAAAAUCCCAACAUGUCUCAGUCAAAAUGCUUAAACUGAGGCUUCACAAACCAAUUAAUCAUAUGAGAGCCAUCUUUUAUAUGGAAUUUAUGGUUUAAGCCUCCUAAAGGUGAGUGAUUUCGUGAUGUUGCUGAAACAGCCUUGGUUUAACUGGUCAUCUUACUUUAUGAAACACCCCUCUGGCCUCACACAGACAUAAUCAUAGAUGUACACGGGACGCGAGUCCUCACACACGUCUUCCUCGUCUCCUCCAACCUGCUUGUUUGUUACUGUAGCCAUAGCAGAUCCUCCACAUGUGACACCUUGUUGAACCUCGUCCCAUCUUCACAACCAAACAUUUGCUUGCAGAUCGAUAUUUUGUCUCAAGUCUACGCUGAGCAACAUUUUAGCUGUGCUAGAGUUACUGUGAUCAACGACAACCAUUAGUUGUCAUGUUGUUGUUUUUGUUUUGUUCCGUUUUGGUUUCUUUUGAUAAUGCCCAAUGGAUUUUCUCUUUGUAUUGACUGGACAAUGUAAUCUAUUGGUGUUGAUUAAAAUGCCCUGGUAGCUUGUGGAUUGCUAAAGUGGUCUGAUAAAUGUACUGUAUAGCUGUACAAAGAGUGAUAAAAGAUGUUUUAAACCUUUUCUUUCUUCUGUGGGUACAGCGCUGUUUAAAAAAAAAAAAAAUCAAAGUGGUUUAGCCCUUGCCUGUUUUAACUUAUCAUUUGGUGGUGGUCUGUAUUACUUCUAUUGUUAUUUAUAUUAUUUCAAUUGUUGCCUCUUCUGCACGGAUAAGUGACUGUAGCUCUGUGCAGGAGGUUGUACUGUAAACCUGUGUGAAGCUUUGUAUUUUUCCCCUCUGGUUUUGGACUCAGUGAAAGUGUGAUGUUUACAUGUACAGUUUUUCAGAAUAUUUUGCUUUUGUUUGUUUUUCGCGUUUUAUUCCGACAUAUUUUUUGCCUCUCACACUUAUUCCUCUCCUUCUAAUCUGUGUACAUUUGCCCAGGUAUUUUCUUUUUGUUGUUUCAUUGCAUCAAGUGCAGACGUGACCUCUUUGACUACCUGGUCACAUGGUCAGAGUGUGCCGUGUCAACUGGCUGCGGUCGGCUCGGCGUUGUGGUGGCUUCCAACAUUUUAAAAGUUAAUAUUAAGUAAAACGGGAGCUUCGCAACUUCUCAAAGUGGACCAGCAAAGAUUAAUUAAGGAUUUUGAUUACUUUAAUCAGCUGUUUUAAACGACUAUUGUGGCCUAAACGGAGAACGAUGGAGUGUAGGUACAUUUAUUUUCUACAUGAAGUGCUCAUAAUCUUUUAAUAUCCCGGCCGCGUUGUCAGGGAAAACUCCUUGUCCUUAACCCGACAGGUGUCCUGAAAGGUACACUUUGACCUGUUGUAAUAUCUCCUCGGUAACAUAAAAGCCAUUCCCCUCUCCUGGCCUUUUAAGGGGAACCCAUAAACCUCAGGUAAUACUGAAUCUCCAAGUUUAGUUUUUAUCCGCUGAUUUCCUCUGAAAUGAGAUUUAAAUCUCUUAACGAAAACCAUUAACAUUUAUAUGAGAUGUCUAUUGUUUUGUACAUUUAUCAUUGUGAUUUAAAAGUGGAGCUUUUUCCAGUACCUGUGACUUAAUUUUUUGGAGUGUUUAUAGGUAUGGAUAUUUAUUAUUAUAUGUGAAACUACAAAAAGACAAAAGAAAAAGGUUGAACCUGUUUCAUUUGUAUGUUUCAUGCAAAACUGUCCAGGUGAGAUUCUCUCUGCCUCUUACAUAUCACUAAUGAGGGACCUGUGUUUGUUUGGAAAUAGCGCUUUUUCAGUGUUGCAUCAACGCUAUGAAAAAAAAAAAAACACCAGUGGUUUACCAA